AUGAAGGGGCAGAAGCACCCGGGGGCAGGGACAGCCGGGGGCACCGGAGGGGGUACCGAGGCGGGCACCGGGGGAGAAGCGGCACCAGCAGCAGCGGGCAACACCCGGCGCCGACAGGAGCCCACUUGGCUUCAGGACGAGGACGACGAGCUGUGGCCUGAGUUCCCUCCCUGCUCGUCCCCAGAGGGGACCACCAGCCCCACGUCUCCCACAUCCCCUGCAUCUCCCACAUCCCCCACAUCCCCUAUGUCCCCAGCAUCCCCAACGUCCCCCACAGCUGGCACCACCGAGGACGCGGGGGGCAGCAAGAGGGCUGCUCCAGCGGGGGGACCACGGGACAAGGCAGCCCCCGGUUCGGCAGGACAGAGGCUGAGGCUGGAGGGGGCCGGGGGACGGCCACGAGUGGGGUCCCGGGCACAGGGGCGCUCUGCCAUCCUGGAGAAAUUCGGAGGGGCUGCCAAGGGCCCAGCCCCACACCUGCGGCGCUCGGGGGGGGCCGCCACGGUCAAGACGAUGCUGCUGGAGUGGUGCCGCGCCCGCACCCGCGGGUACCCGAACGUGGACGUGCAGAACUUCUCGGGCAGCUGGGGCAGCGGGCUGGCCUUCUGCGCCCUCCUGCACAGCUUCUUCCCCGACGCCUUCGACUUCGCCACCCUGGAGCCCAAUGCCCGCCGGGACAACUUCGCCCUGGCCUUCGCCACCGCCGAGGAGCGGGCGGGCUGCGCCCCGCUGCUGGAGGUGGAGGACAUGGUGCGGCUGCCGGUGCCCGACGCCAAGUGCGUGUACACGUACGUGCAGGAGCUGUACCGCUGCCUGGUGGCCAAGGGGCUCGUCAAGACCAAGAAGCGCUGAGAGGGUCCCCCACACCCCCCCACCUGUGCCAUCCCCC